AUGGGUGUUCUGGGUCGCCGGAAGCGGGCUGACUCGCAGCCCACCCACCCGCCGCCCAUCUCUAACGACAACCCUGCACCAGAAACGAUUGGCGAGCUACCGGAGCCCAGCAGUUUUCCUCCUCAGACAAUAGGCUCAGAUCCAGUAUUAUCUGGCGGAACUAGUUACAGGGCGCCAAGCCGGUCCUUCUAUCACCGCUCGUUCCAUAAUGCUUCUGAUCCGGCGCACUAUUCGUCCCAUGGCCUUCGAGAACAAACUGCGGAAUUGGCUUCGCUUGCCUUGACGAGAGAACCAAGGGAUAUCCCUCCAGCCAUGGAUAUCUUUCGACCUACGGACGGCCCAGCUGAUGCCGAAACACAGUCGUCGCCUAGUCUGCAGCUGUCGGGGUCAAGUGGGACGGAUGAGAUAAGCCAUGAGCCGACUGUGCAUUCUGGGGGGUCGUCUGUUCUAACGGCCAUGAUCCGUGAUCCGUCAGCUGGCCUCAAUAAAGACCGGAGUGCCGGAACGCGGAAUGAAUCGAGCGGAAGUAAAGAUGCGGGCGUUAGAUCACCUUCCUCCGUCAAUGAAUACGAGGAGGACACAAGUACCGAGCAAACGUCUUUGCUGCCCAAGUCAACGUCGAGACCAUCCAGAACCUAUGGAGCAGCGAGUGAUGUUGAGGGUCAAGUAUACACGCCGAAGGAAACAUCUAGUGCUAUCCUCAAUGCUCUGUCGACGAUCUCGGCGUCCUUUCAUGUACUGGCUCAUCCGAAGACAUGGGAUCGCAGAGUUGUAUGGCAACGGGGAAUUGUACAUCCGCUGAGCUUACUUCCUUCGGUAUUUCUGGGUCUACUCUUGAAUAUCCUGGACGCUCUUUCAUAUGGGAUGAUUUUGUUCCCAUUGGGCGAGCCAAUAUUUUCCGACCUAGGCUCAGAUGGCAUAUCUAUGUUCUACGUCAGUACCAUAAUCGCCCAACUGGUAUUCUCCUGUGGAGGCUCGAUAUUCCGUGGAGGAGUCGGAAGUGAGAUGAUCGAGGUCGUGCCGUUCUUCCAUCAAAUGGCCUAUACGAUUCUGAACCGGGUUGGAGAAGACAAUCCGAAGUCCGUUAUCGCCACCACAAUUCUAUCAUUCUCCGUCAGUUCUAUCCUUACUGGUCUGGUGUUUUUCUUGAUGGGAACAUGCAAGAUUGGCUCUCUCAUUGGAUUCUUUCCCAGGCAUAUCCUCAUUGGGUGCAUCGGAGGAGUUGGCUUUUUCCUCGUUCUUACGGGUCUCGAAGUAUCAGCUCGACUGCCUGGAUCUUUUGAGUUUAAUAUUCCCACUAUGCAGAAACUUUUCAAUAUGGGUGCUUUGGCCCUUUGGAUAACGCCCUUGUCCCUCGCGAUCGGUCUUCUCGCGCUCAAACGUUUUGUUAGAUCUAACUAUCUAGUUGGGGUUUAUUUCGUUGCUGUCGCUUUGUGUUUUUACAUCGUCAAAUUCAUCGCACAUAUACCCAUGAAUUCAUUACGGAGCAGCGGCUGGGUCUUUGAUGCUCCUUCAUCUGUCAAUCCGUGGUACCAUUUCUACACGCUCUAUGACUUUUCGGCUGUCGAUUGGCCUGCGUUUGUUGAUACUAUCCCAGCAAUGUUUGCGCUCACAUUCUUCGGAAUUCUCCAUGUUCCUAUCAAUGUCCCAGCAUUGGGAAUCUCUACGGGCGAGGAUAAUUUGAACGUUGAUCGAGAAUUGAUGGCUCAUGGUGUGACUAAUGCUUUUUCGGGAUUUGCAGGCAGUAUUCAGAAUUACCUCGUGUAUACCAACAGCCUGCUUUUCAUUGACAGUGGUGGAAACUCACGCUUAGCUGGCAUUAUGCUUGCAGGGGCCACCACAGGUAUUAUGCUAAUCGGUCCUGUGAUUGUUGGAUUCAUCCCUGUCAUGGUUGUAGGAGCUUUGAUAUUCCUGCUCGGUAUUGAAUUGAUGGAGGAAGCUCUAGUGGAUACAUGGGGAAAGUUGCAUCGGCACGAAUAUCUCACUGUCGUUAUAAUUGUCGCGACGAUGGGUGUUUGGGAUUUCGUGACUGGCAUCCUGGUGGGAAUCAUCCUGGCUUGCCUGAGCUUUGUCGUUCAAACUUCACGAAAAUCUGCCAUCCGCGCUACUUACUCUGGCAAAAUCGCCGGUUCUACGGUUCGGCGGCCGCCGAUUCAACAUCGAUACCUGAAAGAAGCUGGGCAGCAGACUUUGAUCCUCAAGCUUGGUGGCUAUCUAUUCUUCGGGACCAUCGUGGAUGUCGAGAAUACCAUGCGAGGACUGAUUGAGGAUGAAGCAUUCAGCAGACUUCCGAUAAGGUUUAUCAUCUUAGACCUUUCUCGAGUAUAUGGCAUCGACUUCUCGGCCGCUGAGGCAUUCACACGCAUCAAUCGGAUCUUGAAAAAACGUAACGUGCGGAUGACUAUCUCCGGUCUUGACGUGGGAGGAGACGUCGGCAAGAGCCUCCAAAACGUAGGACUACUUGAGCCAGAGUUUGGCGUCCGGAUAUUCGAGGAUUUGAAUUCUGCCCUCGAGUAUUGCGAGAACGACUACCUCAACAUCUUCUAUAGCCACCGAGAAGCACUGCUCAAGGGCAAGACCACCUCCCAAAACCUCGAGGUCCCAAUAGCCCAACACCAACCCCAGUCAGCCGAAGGUGUCAUGGCCUCCCCAAGACAUCAAUACCUCCACCGCGCAGCAACAACAACCCUCAACGAAGACGAAAACGCCGUAAUCGUCCCAGCGGCAUGGUCCGCAAUGCGCCAACCUCUCCCCCUCCUCCUCCAAACCUUCCAAGGGCUCACCUCCCAAAACGAAGACUUCUGGUUCCCAGCAUGCCCCUACUUCUCCCGAGAAACCUACUCCUCGGGCACAAUCCUCUUUCAAGAAGGUGACGUUCCGAACGCCUUCUACCUCCUUGAGUCGGGGAUGCUCCGUGCUGAGUACGAGCUCCCGCAAGGCCGGUACUUUGAGCUUAUUGUUGCGGGAAGGCCGUGCGGCGAACUGCCCUUCUUCUCUGAGACCCGCCGCACCGCUACCGUUAAGGCUGAGCAGGAUUGCGUGAUCUGGUGUUUGAAUGCAGCGAAAUGGAAGGCCCUCCGGGAGCAGGAGCCGGACGUUGCGCGUGAACUGUUGACUGUCAGUUUGAAGCUGACGACAGAGCGCAUGGAUAGUAUUACUUCGUAA